CCUACUAUUCUACUGCUACUUUUCUUUUCUUUCUUCUGCAUGGUUUGGUCUAGUCGGGUGCUGAGGUGGAGGGCGAAGAAGGCCUCCUUCCGGGGGGCUGCUAUGGUAUUGGUCUAUUUCUCGCACUCGCUCAAAGUCUGUCUCGGACUUCAUGUUUACCUUUCUACUUCCAUUACCAAAUGCUUUCACAAUCCCCUUCCGCGAGCUUGGAUCGCUCGCAGCUACAGCAGCAGCUUCUUUGCCCCUGUAGUAGACUAUGGCGAUUUAAUCCCAUCACCAUUCCUUUCUCCAAACGAAAGAGAAGAAAUCUCUCUGGAAAAUGGAGCGUUUUCUCUUGUUCCAUUCCCUUGGAGGCUCCCAACCGUGGUCUUAACGUGGAAUUAGCCCAUGCCGCGAGACGGAGCGCCAAGAUCUUCGUACUGAAUCCGUUUUCACAUGAAUUGUACGACGAAGAAUUGCCCAGAGAAUCGCCAAUUCAAUUGAUGUCCAAUUUUACCGAAUUCCAGAACGACCUAAUCUUAGAUAAACUUAGAACCCAAAUGGAAGUCAUACGUCCGAUCCCCUCGCCCCCUGUUAGUCGAAAUAUAGUCGGACUAUUCGUUGUCUUUUUCUUUGUUGGUGUUGCUUUCGAUAAGCUCUGGACUUCGAGGAAUAGAAACCAAGCGGAUGGUGCGAAGAGUAGGCGUGGUGGGGCCGGCUCCGGAGGCUGGCCACAAGUGCCGAAGAGCUUUUCCUUGCUUUUGGAGAAGGAUUUACAGAGGAAAGAGUCGGUAGAGUGGGUGAACAUGGUUUUGGGGAAGUUAUGGAAGGUUUAUAGAGUUGGUAUCGAGAAUUGGAUCAUUGGGUUGCUUCAGCCAGUUAUUGAUGACUUGAAGAAGCCUGAUUAUGUUGACAGGGUUGAGAUUAGGCAGUUCUCGUUGGGAGAUGAACCGUUGUCGGUGAGGAACGUUGAGCGCCGGACUUCGCGUCUCGUUGAUGAUUUGCAGUACCAAAUAGGCCUUCGAUAUGCUGGCGAUGCCUGUAUGCUGUUAAUGCUCUCACUAAAAUUUGGUAUUAUCCGCUUUACCGUGCCAGUUAGUGUUCAAGAUUUUGACAUUGAUGGGGAACUGUGGGUAAGACUACGAUUGAUACCAACAGAGCCUUGGGUGAGAGCUGUUUCAUGGGCUUUUGUUUCACUCCCAAGGAUCAAAUUUGAAUUGUCUGCAUUCCGCUUAUUCAAUUUGAUGGCUAUUCCUGUUCUCUCAAUGUUUUUGACUAAACUUCUCACCAAGGAUUUGCCUCGACUAUUUGUACGUCCAAAGAAGAUUGAUUUAGAUUUCCAAAAAGGAAGAUCAAUUGGUCCUGCUACCAAUGACUAUAAAUCUGGGAAAAUGCAAGAAGGAAACAAUGAUUUUAUUGGAGAACUAUCAGUGACUCUUGUAGAUGCUCGGAAUCUGUCGUAUGCUUUUUAUGGCAAAACAGAUCCAUAUGUUAUUUUAAGCCUGGGAGAUCAAACCAUCCGCAGUAAAAAGAAUAGUCAAACCACAGUCAUUGGUCCCCCCGGUGAACCAAUAUGGAAUCAGGAUUUUCAUAUGCUCGUUGUGAACCCUAGAAAACAAAAACUGUACAUCCAAGUAAAGGAUUCUCUAGGAUUUGCAGAGUUGACCAUUGGAGAGGGGGAGGUCAAUCUGGGUUCUCUUCAUGACACUGUGCCGACAGACAGGAUUGUUGUCUUGCGAGGAGGUUGGGGACUAUUUAGAAAGGGGCCCUCUGGAGAGAUACUACUUCGACUAACAUAUAAAGCUUAUGUAGAGGAUGAAGAUGAUAACAGAAAUGAGGCAGAUUCUGCUUAUGUGAGCAUUUCGGAUGAUGAGUUGUUUGAUUCUGAUCUGUCAAAUCAUACUGACAAGAAGGGUCAAAGUGGAACGGAUAAAGAAUCAUUUAUGGAUGUUCUAGCCACAUUGAUUAUGAGUGAAGAAUUUCAAGGGAUAGUGGCAUCUGAAACUGGAAAUGCCAAAGUUUUAGAUGAUCUCUCAGCUAUAGGGUCGAUGGUACCUAGAUCAUGUGGUCUUAAUGCUGAAUCCAUCCCCUUUAAUUCCACUGGUGUGUCCAAAGGUUCUAGAGGAUCAGCAUUGUUUUGGCUUGCGGUGAUUACAUGUGUAUCAGUGUUGCUUGCUAUCAAGACUGGUGGCCCAGGUUUCUUCAAUCCUUGAUAUGCAACAGAGCUAGCAAAGAAGCAGGUUAUGAAAGAACAAACUUUCCACACUGGCAAUGUAAUCAGCAAACGGUUUGCACUCAGUUGCCUUCGGUUACAUCUGUAAAUUCACAGUUAGUGGCAGAGAAAUGUUCUAUUGGCAGCAUGAAAGUUUUGACAACUUUGCCUCGAUCCAUAUCAAGUGUACAUGAAACUCUCUAAAGUCUAAAGGAGAACAGCCGUUUUUCGGAGCCAUGGUGACUGAUUUUCAACUUUUCUUUGUUUUGGAUGUGGAGGUAAGUAAUGCUGAUCCUAAAGGAGCGAAAAAUUAGUAAUCACAUCUAGCAUUAGAAUGUAGUAGGAUGAAAGGUAGGCCCCAGGAAAUGGUUUUCAGAUGAGAAACAUCAUCUGUUAUCUUUUCCAAAACAUUUAUCAUGGGUCAUAUAUGGUUCCUUGUAUAGAUAAUUUUUUAUUCAGAAUUUCGAAAGUCAUCUUGAUGA